AUGGCGACUGCAAAUGCUUCCUCGUCUGGAUCAUCGUCGAGUAGUUGUAAUGCGGCAGAUUUUGCUGUUACUAACUUUUAUUUUAGUGAUACAGAACUGCAAAAUACCCCUUCACGGCGUAACGACAUUAGCGUCGCAACGGAGUUAUAUUAUCGUCAAACAUGUGCCCUUUGUAUACAAGAACUAGGCAUGAAGCUGGGAGCCAAUCAAUUAACAAUUAAUACAGCAUUGGUUUACAUGCAUCGAUUUUAUAUGUUUCACUCUUUAGCAAGUUAUAACCUAAAGAAUAUAGCAGCUUGUGCUAUCUUCCUUGCUUCUAAAUCAGAAGAACACCCGAAUAAGUUAAAUAAAGUCAUCACUGCUGCCUAUGAGUAUUUUAGUCAUGAAAGUUCGCCUUUAGACCCUAAAUCCGAGAAAUUUCUCAAGCUGUCUCAAGAUCUUGUCGACAACGAAUAUGCGAUGUUUUUUACUACAGGCUUUGACAUUGAAAUCAUGCAUCCACAUACGCACGUUAUAAAGUGCUUACAUGGCUUGAAAGGUAAGACUUGCAUCAUAUUCCAUUCAUUUUACAAUAUACUAUGGAUUUGA